UAACGGCCCCUGCCAUGAACCCCUCACCAUCUCCAGGUCUGCGUGUGGAUGAGGCCUGGCUCAAGGGAGAGCCCCUAUCACCAUAACCCCUGUUCCAAUACAGAACCGCCAGCCGGGGCCUCCAACCCUCCCAUUUCGUCCUCUAGCUCUCCCCACCCCUGUGCUUGCGCACGGAGGGGACUUGGGGUGAGAGACCAGCUUCUCUUGUGAUACCUCUCACUGAUCUCUCUGUUCCCUAGUACCACCUGCCAUCAGACCUUCCCUCUCCCAACCCCUGUAUCCCCCAUAAGGCCUUCCCCACAGAGUACAUCCCAGACCCACCCCCGUUUCCCUAUACCACCAUAAACUGACAUUAAACUUGCCCUUCAAGCAGACGUGAGAUUAGGAGAUGUCUGCACAGAGAUUUCAUGGGGAAGCUAUUACAAAAUAAACCGGAGUGUGAAUUUAAAGCACAGCUAGCUCCAUGGGUGGACGCUCCCGUUCCGCACUAAGAAUGCUCUUUCCUCCCCAGGAGAACAUGCCCUUAGCAAAGCAUUUGGUUACACCUCAGCAGAACGGGGUUAUCGUUUUCCAGGGCAUACAUUAUUGCACCUAACCUGUUCCCGCUCCCUGCAAGCAUCUAGGCUGGCACUAACCUGGUGAUUGCCUUGCAGACUCGGCCGAGGUAAUCCAGUCACGACUCAACGAGCAGGAGGCUCGGGAGGAAUACUACGUGCACUAUGCCGGAUGUGAGUGCAGCUCUGGGUUGUGUUCACGGGGAGAGGGAUUAAUUCAACCGGCGCUUGGAUGAGUGGGUAGAUAAGAACCGGCUGGCCCUCACCAAGACAGUCAAAGAUGCAGUUCAGAAAAACACAGACCAAUACAUGAACGAGCUGUCCGAGCAACCCGAGCGUAAGAUCACCCGCAACCAGAAGCGCAAACAUGAUGAGAUCAACCAUGUUCAGAAGACCUAUGCAGAGAUGGAUCCCACCACAGCUGCCCUGGAGAAGGAGCAUGAGGCGAUCACCAAGGUGAAAUACGUAGAUAAGAUCCACAUUGGCCACUAUGAGAUUGACGCCUGGUAUUUCUCACCCUUCCCAGAGGAUUAUGGGAAGCAGCCCAAACUGUGGAUCUGCGAGUACUGCCUGAAAUACAUGAAGUUCGAGAAGAGCUACAGGUACCACCUAGGCCAGUGCCAGUGGAGGCAGCCGCCGGGGAAGGAGAUCUACAGGAAGAACAACAUCUCUGUCUAUGAAGUAGAUGGCAAAGAUCACAAGAUUUACUGCCAGAACCUGUGUCUCCUGGCCAAGCUCUUCCUAGACCACAAGACCCUCUACUUUGAUGUUGAGCCUUUUGUCUUCUACAUCCUCACCGAGGUCGACAGGCAGGGCGCCCACAUCGUCGGCUACUUCUCCAAGGAGAAGGAGUCUCCAGAUGGGAACAACGUGGCCUGUAUCCUCACCCUGCCCCCCUACCAAAGACGGGGCUAUGGCAAGUUUCUCAUCGCUUUCAGCUAUGAGCUAUCUAAGCUGGAAAGUACAGUGGGCUCCCCAGAGAAGCCCCUCUCGGACCUCGGCAAGCUGAGCUACCGGAGCUACUGGUCCUGGGUGCUGCUUGAGAUCCUGCGGGACUUCCGAGGGACCCUGUCCAUUAAAGACCUCAGCCAGAUGACCAGCAUCACUCAGAACGACAUCAUCAGCACGCUGCAGUCCCUCAACAUGGUGAAGUAUUGGAAGGGGCAGCACGUCAUCUGCGUCACGCCCAAGCUGGUGGAGGAGCAUCUGAAGAGCGCCCAGUACAAGAAGCCUCCCAUCACAGUGGAUUCCAUCUGUCUCAAGUGGGCACCCCCCAAACACAAGCAGGCCAAAAUCUCCAAGAAGUGAAGGAACAGUGGGACACAGGAGUCCAAAUGACCCCUCAGUUGCAUGAGGAUCUGGGCUGCACCCCACCUGACUACAGAGCACCGGAGCAACCAACCAGCUGGGAGGACUGGGUGACCCAGCCGGCUGUGUCCUUCAUUAGGCCAGCGCUGAUUCAGCAGGGCGGGUGACCUGUCCUAUCGCAACUCUCUCCCCUUGAGCGUUGUAUGGCGGAAUAGGCCCGGGGCUGAGCUUUGCCUUCCCAAACAGCACUAGAAAAGGGGGGUCCUGGAACCACUGCCAGUGCCUGCUGCCCAGCUCGUCAGUUACACGCUGUACCCUGGUCAAUAUCACCACCCUCGUCAAUAUCACCUUGGUGGACUGGCUCAUUUGUUGGGGAGUGCAGGGAGGAAGUGAGGGUACAGGCUACUUCAGAGGCUAUGGUGGGCAGCAGCAGCUGAGUCUGGGGCAGGAGGAGUUACUCAGCUGGUAGGGAAGGGGGGAGAGAUGCCCAUGGAUUAACAUGACAGCAUGGCACUGGGUGUUCUCUGCUGGGCAAACGUUCCCUGUCCAGUUGAUCCCCUGGGCUGGCAAUAUGGGGAAGCAGCACUGGGAGAAGGUCCUGGGACAGCUGUGCUGGGAGACUGGAUCUGUCACGCAGGCCCUGAAACAGGGCAGGGGCAGUGUGUGAUUCCCUUCUAACCUACAGUCAGCUUUGGCGCUGUGCACCUCCUGCCCUGAGCUGGGGUCUCUGUUGGGGGGGGGGGGGCGCGCAGGCAGAACACUGUAGCCCUGACUUACCCCCCACACACACACGCCACCAAUGUGCCCCAGCUGCUGCAGGCAGAGCCCAUUCUGGCCAUGAGGAUGCCCCUUCUGCUAAGCUUCCUUCAUGUGUACAUCUCCCCACUAGGAUCUCAGCUGAGUCCCCUCUGGAACCUUUCAUGCCUCGGCUGCCCCCCUGCUGCUGGGGUUCUUCCCCCCUGACCUGCCCCUUUGGCCUGCACUCCUUAGGCCAGGAUUCCCCUCACCAUCCAGUGCUCCCCAUGCCCCUCCUGCCCUGUCCCAGUUCUCUUUUCCCACCUCCACUGCUAGGCUCCCUCCCUGAUCUCCCAUUCCAGACAUCCUGGGCUCCCCGCAAGGGAGUGGAGGAAAAGCAGGGACGUGGGGAUGUCUGCUGAGUUUGGCUGGUCUCAAUUCAGCAGCCAAGCACUGCAUGGGGUGGAGGUGUGUGGGUCUCUCCCAGGGCUGAAGGGCUGGGGCGCCCUCGGCCAGGGAUACACAGUAGCUACUGUCUCAGGGCUCUUCCCUCAGCACCGAUCUCACACUCCGCCAAUCCCUACCCUGGCUCCACCAGCUGGAGGUGCAAGUAAGCGUUGCUGCCGGGGGGCUGGAGCGUGGGGGAAAGGUUGAUGCAGACAGCCCCCAAGCCAGUCCCCACAGCUUCCCUGCAUUUCUGCUCGCUGCCUACAGGUGUAUUUUUUCUGUUAUAAGAAGUGUGUAUUUUUCAUAAAUAAAAAGGAAAAGAGUGAAGAG